AAACAAAGAACUCUUUAGCCCCCGGAAGUCAACCGUUUGGAAAAGGGGAGGCUAGCUUCCGAGUUCGCAACAGAUCUGCCAUGGAGAAGAUAUCGGUGUCAGCAGUCUUGCUCCUGGUGGCCCUCUCGUAUACUCUAGCCAAGGAUACCACAGUGAAACCCGGAGCUAAAAAGGACACAAAAGACCCCCGGCCCAAACUGCCUCAGACCCUCUCCCGAGGUUGGGGUGAUCAACUCAUCUGGACCCAGACAUAUGAAGAAGCUCUGUAUAAAUCCAAGACAAGCAACAAGCCCUUGAUGAUUAUCCAUCACUUGGAUGAGUGUCCUCACAGUCAAGCUUUAAAGAAAGUGUUUGCUGAAAAUAAAGAAAUCCAAAAGUUGGCGGAGCAGUUUGUCCUUCUCAACCUAGUGUAUGAAACAACUGACAAGCACCUUUCCCCUGAUGGUCAAUAUGUGCCCAGGAUUAUGUUCAUUGAUCCAUCCCUGACUGUGAGAGCUGACAUCACUGGAAGAUACUCAAACCGUCUCUAUGCUUAUGAGCCUUCCGAUGCAGCACUAUUGAGUGACAACAUGAAGAAAGCGCUCAAGCUGCUGAAGACGGAACUGUAGAGAAGAUGAAAAGCGGCAAGCUCUUUCCACCACAUCAGGCCUUAAAAUUUGCGAACCAGAGGAUUUUAGCAGCACGGAGAGAAAGCAGCAGCACUGGUUGGCAUCUGAUUAUAGGUUAAUGUAGUAACAGCUAUUUUGUUAUUUUGUUUUUAAUUUGGUUUUCAGUAUGUGUACAUGAAAACGAUAUAUACUACGAGUUAUAAUUUUUAAAAAAAUAAAUCCUUUUUUGGGGUGUUCAAACUGAG